AUGGCCUCCAACGGCAGUCCAGACGAUGUUUUAAGACAGGUUAACCAGUUUUGGUCCAUGCUGGAUGAUCUUUGUGAGAAUGACCCCGCAGCUUACCGCAAGUUCGUUGAAAAACAGGUGAAAGAAGGAGUUGAGUUAAGUGCACCGCCUGAGCUCAACUCUUGUUUGUGCACUGAAAUAAUGGGGCCCAAGAAAGGGUUGCUCUACAUCAACAUAUGCAGCUGGAAACGUGUGCCUGCACCUCAGGAUCCCAGCAGGCCUUUACCUGUGUGUGCAGGGAAGCUGGAAACAAACACAAAUGAAGGUCAAGGUUUGUUCACAGUGUUGGACGUGGCAUUAAACCCUGCAGUGCUGCAGGAUAUUAAGAAAGACAAGACAGAAGUCUAUAUGCUGGCGUUGAGAUUUGUCCAGCAGCAGUAUGGGCUGAUAUUAUCUCAGCAGUACUCUGUUGUCAAAUGUAGCCCAAAAAGUAGUCCAGGUGACUUGCACCACCGGCUUGGGUUUCCACAGUGGCCUCCUGCCUCCAAACAACCAGACGCAGCCAGCCAGACCCCUGCUGCUCUUCUGCAGCAGAUUUCCUCCCUACGCUCAGAGAAAAAAGACGAGGACACAGCAGCCCAAAUUAUCUGUAGACCUGCAGAGUGCAAAAAGAAGGAUUUGAUCCAGGUCAUCUCCACCACAUUUGUGCAGCCUCAGAAGCCAGAGUACCAACUUGAGGUGAAGGCUGAUACAGCAGGAGUUCCUCGCAGUGUGGAGCUGACAGUGGAGUUGCCAAAGGUUUGCUCUAUGUCAGACUGCCAGCUGAGAAUCUCCAAGGAUGAUGUCUUAGUGGAAGUGGAGGAUGUCUACUAUUUGCUUUUGGAAUUCCCAACUGCUGUAAAUGAGGACUCUGCAUCUGCCAUCUUUAACAAGAAGAAACGAAGGCUUACUUUAAGAGUGGAUGUUUCCUGACCGUUAGCCUUAACGGAGGAACACAGAGCUGAUCAGUCCCGCUGGGAAUGAGAUCAAGACUUUUCUGACAGUGAGAAUACCUCAAAGUUAACAACCAGAACAAAUGGAAUUCUUAAUAAUGCAGUCUGGAAAGCUGUUUUAGUGCAUCAUACCAUGCAGGGACUCAAAACUUCAGCUAACAAACAAGCGGUUCCCCUUUAAACUGAUGCUUUCCCAAAACCAAAAUGAUAUUUUCACUGAAACAAAUAUGUUUCUGUGUGGGUUCAUUUGCAGCGGCAAAUGUAAUUCUUAACCCCCCCUCCACACACACCACACCACAAAAAAAAAAAAAAAAUUAAUUGACUUUAAUGACAAUCUGUGGAGUUGGUUUAUUAAUGUGUGGGUGUAAGAGUGGAGGUGUAUAAUGGCUAGGAGUUGGUGUACAGUGUCAUUACCACCUGCCCAGGGAAUAAUUGCCAGCAAAAUGAUUCAUGCAAUAAUUCAUGUUUAUUAAAACAUCAAAAUUGAUGCAGAAGAACAACAUCAUUAUUUGGCAAUCUGGAACAUGUGAAAAAUGUCAGUAAACACUUUUUUAGAGUACA